AUGGCCCUGCUCACACUGCUGCCAGCAUCGGAGCCACACUCAUACCUGCUGCCAGAGUCCAGCGCUGGUCCUGAUUGCUCGGCGCUGUCAGCAGGAAGUUUUGAGCAUAGAAAAGGCAUUAAACGCUCCUUCUUAGCUGACUCCUCCACUUUCAAAGAGGUCAUUGAGAUGCAUAAAAGACUAUUACAGAUUUUGGAAAACAUUUUUGUGUUCUGGGGACCACAGUGUUUCAUGGGCUCUGGCCAACCUGUUAGCAAUUCCAUGCCAGGAGCAGUAACAUGUAGAAAGAAGUUUGAGAAAUUAUACUCAGAGAUACGUAAUCCUUCCACAAUAUUUGAAAAGGCACAAAAUCAUGCAGGUAAAAUAAACACAGCUUCAAGUAAAGAGGACCAUUUUGUUUUUAAUCGUUCAGAGAUAUGUGUAAAGCUAAGUGGCCAAUGUAAAAAGAAGUGUGGUGAAAAAGAAUUUAGGAUGGUAUAUUGUGUAAUACCUACAGUUUUCUGCUGCAUAAGAGAAUGUGAACCUGGGGAGUACUACUAA